UAGGACUUGUUGAUAGGGAAGCUUUUUUCAUCUGAGGGGCAUAUAGACCGAAACCGGUGACCACCACCACCUCCAGUUUCCUUCUGAGCGUGGGAAAAUAAAUUGCUCCGUUUGUCGGCUGCGUUACUUCCUCCCCCCCGCAUUGCCAUUACGCACCGAUCGCCAUACAUGCGGUGCAGGAAAACGCGCGCUGGGAUCAGAAAAUUGCGCGCCGAUCACCGGGGGGUUUAAGUUUGUGUAUUUGUAUGCAGCUUGUCACACAAUGCAGACGUCAUCUCCACAGAUCAGCUUUGGUUGUGUGUGUUUUUUUUUUCUCUCUCUUUCUCUCCCUGGCUGCUCCUAUCGCGUCUCUAUGUUGUGAUCUGGAAUACAGUGAAGGGAAAUACGUUUUAGAGCUGCUAGUUGGAAUAUAACUUAGAUCAUCCUGCUGCAUCAGAUAAUCCUCUAGUACCGUUGCGUAUUUCUGUGCGUCUCCGAACGUGUGGCUCCAGAUCGCGAGGGUCCCUGUCACCGUCUCGAAAACUUGGGAGUUCAGCUCCAGCCCCGGCAGCUGCGCCUUCAGUCGGGUUGGGAUCUUCGUAGGAGGCGCCUGUGUUUGUUUAAUUGCUGUGGACGCACACAUGCACAGGCGUCUUUCCCCUCAACGCAGCCAAAACAGCGACUUCUAACAGCAACGUCUGGCAGAAGGAGGUGGAAAAACGGAGGGCUGAAAGGAGGGGAAAGAGUGGGUGAAUUUGCUGCGAGGACGCUGCAGCCGGUUGUUGGACAUUUAAGGGAGGCGAUGCUGCUGAAUCUUUCACAGACAAUGACCCAACACAUCAUUGUGCAGGUAUGAAUAUUGCUCCGAAAUCUGCGUGAGUUUGGCAUCCAGACUGUGGCCACUGAUGUGUGGAAUUACGCAUGAACUGAUCUCAUUUUUCCACCAUGUCCAAGAAUUUUUCGAGUGCUAAUGACAGCUGGUUUAACAUCGCUAUUAUCAUGUAGUGUUUGGACUAAAGACAGAGGAAGCCAGCUACUAGAAAUCUAAGAUUUGACAUUUGACAUCGCGGAACGGACCACUUAGCCGCCACCAUGGGACUGUGACCCGGGCUGCGAGCUCCGAGAGGCGGCUGUUUGUGUAGUCUGUGCUCCGUGUGCAGACUGGACCUGAGCAGUUGUGACAUUUUGAGCCAUGGCUGCUGCUAUCGCGAGUGGGCUGAUCAGACAGAAGAGACAGGCACGGGAGCAGCAUUUGGACCGACCCUCCACCAACCGACGGAGAAAGAGCCCCAACAAGAACAAGGGGCUCUGCAAUGGGAACCUGGUCGACAUCUUCUCUAAAGUGCGCAUCUUCGGCCUCAGGAAGCGGAGACUACGGAGACAAGAUCCCCAGCUCAAGGGUAUAGUGACCAGGUUAUAUUGCAGGCAGGGAUACUACUUGCAAAUGAACCCCGAUGGCUCUCUUGAUGGGACCAAGGAUGACAGCAGUAAUUCCUCUUUGUUCAACCUUAUUCCUGUGGGCCUCAGAGUUGUCGCCAUUCAGUCCGUGAAGACAGGGUUAUACAUCGCAAUGAACGGCGAGGGCCAUCUGUACACAUCAGAACUCUUUACAGCGGAAUGCAAGUUCAAAGAGUCGGUGUUCGAGAACUACUAUGUGAUCUACUCGUCCAUGUUGUACAGACAACAGGAGUCGGGGAGAGCUUGGUUCCUAGGGCUCAAUAAAGAGGGCCAAGCCAUGAAGGGGAACCGAGUGAAAAAAACAAAACCAGCUGCUCACUUCCUGCCCAAGCCAUUAGAAGUUGCCAUGUACAGAGAGCCAUCGUUGCAUGAUGUUGGAGAGACAGUGCCCAAGGCGGCAGUACCUCCCAGUAAAAGCACAAGUGAGCCAGCGGUGAUGAACGGAGGUAAACCUGUCAGCAAGCCCGACAAACCCGCCACAUAGCCACACCUGACCAGCGCCCGGUGUGUGUGUGUGUGUGUGGGUGUGGAGGGGAGGAAUGUGACGGAGGCAGGGCUUUUUUUUUUCCAACUAGACUCCAGACCCUCUUUCUUCUGUGGAUCAGAUCCAGGCGAACCUCCCUACCUUUUCUCUUUCUCACUCCUCCUCCUCCUCUGUCUCCGCCUCCCUUUCUCCAGCCGUUUUCGGAUGGAUUCUGAGGCGGCCGAGUUCGUCCAGCACAGGAGGGAAGAGGACAUCUGAUCAUGGAAUGCCUUUAGAUUCCUCUGAAACUGUGAGAAUUCAUGUGAAUAACGCAUUUUUCACAAUGAUGCUUGUGGUACUUUUGCUUGAUGAUGGUUCGUCCAAAAAAGAAAAAAAACCUCCCCCCCUCCUCCUCUCUAUAAUGCCCUGUUGCAGCAGAGUCUGUGUAUCUUCAGAUCUAUUUUCUAUACCACAGUUCACCAGCUAUGUUCUGGGAUAGAGACUGUAUACAUAGAGUAAAUAUUUGGACUGUUGUCCUCUAUUUUUUACGAGUAUGUUCCCCUCUCCCUCUCUUUCUAUCUCUAGUCACAUACUUUUCUCUUUGUCAAGUAACCUAGAAAAGAAAAAAACAUUUUGCAAGGGAAUUGUGUGAUUUUCUAAGAAACACAUUCACACGGAUGUGGCAUAAGGAAACACAAAUAUACGAAACAGUCCAAAAUUUUUCUUCUUUCCUACAACAUGCACACACUUGCAGACAGACACACAAAGUUUGUGUGGAGAGAUCCGAGACGCUGCUUUUUUUACAGCAGAUAAAACCACACUGGAGGCUGGCAGAUAGCUCCUGCAAUCAUAGUUGAUGAAGUGCUAAUUACCGACACUGCAAUCAAUGCGAGGAGCUCCCUACACACAAACACACACACACACACACACAUUUAUAAGCAGAUGUGCGUGUGGGUGGGAGAGCGCUGUAAGGAAUGGUGUAUACAUAUCACUAUCUAAGUCCCACCAGCGGUUCAGUCCGCCUUCUCUGGUAAAUAGAAAACCUGAAGUCUAUUUUUCUUUAAUCUUAUUUCAGAGCAUGGGCUCUAGGAAUAUCUCUAGGCCUUGUAGGCCUCUGUCCCUCACUCACUGACUACUUUGGACUACAAGGCAAGGCUUGUGGCUUUGACCCAGAUGGUCUAUAACUGCAGCACUGGCAGCCAUCUUAUGGCAGUGUCUACUUAAAGCCAGAAACAACAUGGCUGAAAACCAGUAGGUGACAUUUAUACUGGCUGCAUCCCUAUUUGGUUCAGCAAACUAAAGCAUGGACAAGGUUAAUAUUGUGUUCUCUCUUCUUGCAGCAGUUAUACAAGAGACGGCUUAUAUUGUAACAUUUUCACUGUAUAAACCUUAGGGAAAAUGACUAUUAAAAAUCAUAACUUUUUAAAUGACUAGAUAUUAUUAUUAUUAUUAUUACUAUUAUUAUUAUGAGAGGAUUUGUCUUCUAGCUCAGCAUGCAGAGUCCAGUACUGAUCAUCUUGGCCUAUCACGUGCCUGUUUGGACCUUGAUUCCCGGCAUGCAAAAACAGGUUCCCAGUCCCCACUGGGCCAAAGGUGCCUCACCCACCCGAUACAUCCAUGUAGAGGACACGUAGCAUUGUUCAUCUGAAAAAAAACACACUCACAUGCAUUCAUUCUGAAAUGACCAAAGUCUUUUUUCAUCCCAAGAAGAACCGAUUCUUUAAAAAAAAAGAGAAAAAAAGAACACAAAUCCGACUCUCUCUCAGAUUCAAGUCAUUGAAGCUUUCACUGUGAUAGCGUUUGUUCUGUCCAAAAAGAAUCAACUCUGCUCAGACCCGCAAAGGUCUUCUCGACUGAUGUCACUUUGGAGAAGUACAUAUACCUUGAAUUAAUCACAUGCAUGUAUUUUCUAUAAGGAACAAGGUAUGGGCAUUGUUCUUCACUCUGUGUAAACGGAAGAGCACUGAGGUUCAGUAUGGGUGUUGAAUGGGCAUGUUGUAGGCUACGGCUAAUCUGAAGGUAACUCACUGCACUUUGUUUUGCAUUUUCAUCACGACUGUUAGCAGUUUAUCAAAGCUCUGUCUGAUCAAUACAUCUAUAACGUUUGUCUUGCUUUUAAUGAUUUUUUCCUACUAGUUUUGUUAGAUAAGAUUUAGAUGAAUAAAAUAGAUUGUUGCUGCUGUAUGCUGCUAAAAUCGCAACUAUAUUAACAAAUUGAUUUGGUAAAUAUAAUUUUAUGAGUUUAUUGGGAUUAUACAUGACCAUUUUCUUAUUACAGCACAUCAAAGCACAUUAGUUAGAUGUCAAUAUUUGUCUGUACAAAGCUGUUAAUGCUAUAACAAAAAAAAUACUCUACACACACACAGACACACAGACACACACACGCACACACACACACACAGACACACACACACACACACACACACACACACACACACACACACACACACAGGAGCUGGAAAGCACUGUAGCUGUACCUCAUUGCAGCCAGUCAUCCUCCACUCCUACAAACUCUACAUGCUGGGCUGGUUACUACUCCUGCAGUCCAGUCCAGUUAACUGGCUCCUCCAAGGCUGACUUUAUUUUUGUAAAUGACUGGUGUGUAAAUGUACAUCUGUUUGGAUCUCUGUAGCCACCGUUUCUACCUUCUGUUUGUUCGUUUGUCUUUGUUUGUCCUCAUUUCUCGUAUACGGGUCGUGCGUGAUGUGGUUUUUUCAGAUCCCAGUCACUUUUUUGCUUUGUUUCCGAAAUUUCUUCCAGUUUCCUUCGUUGCCUCUGUUUUAUUUUUCUUUUUUGUACGUUGUCCCAUCUGUUGCAUGGGGAGAGGAUGGCAUUGAACUGCAUGUAGUAGGCUAUGUCUAUCAAGAACUGUUGGUAUGUACCGCUAAUUUUACAUAUAUGCAACGAGUUUGUCUACACUAUACAGUUUGUGUUUGUUGUAUACACAUAUACAACAUAUUGAAUAAAAUAUUUAUAUAAAGGUGUACUGUAAUGUCAGUAACAUACUUAAUGCAAUAUAGUGUGCAGUAUAUUAUUGCACCUGUCAUUUUUUGAUGGGACAAAGAAAAACAGAGGGGUUGGCUAGUUUAAGCAUGAAAAAAGGCCAAAGUAGAAUUUACAUUAAAUUUUGUUUGUGACUUCGUAUUGGUUCUCUUUUCAAGUGGUGACUGAGCUCUUGUGUCAAUGCAGCUCUCAUCCCCUGAUUACCACCUUUUGAAGUGACAUGGAAAAGCAGCAUGCCACAACCGAACUAUUUAUGCCCUUCUCUUUGUUUCUUCCACCUAGAAUUUAACCUUGUCACCACUAGGACAGAUGCAGAUGACAUGGCAGAUAGUUUGGUUCCUGGUGGAGAAGAAUAGGCACUAUUAAAAAUGGAUUUAUUUUCAAAAAAUAUAUAUAUACCAUUGCAAGUAUGCCCAUUGGAGUUAUGUCAUGUUAUAACAAAUUUGUAACCAUGUAUGAUUAAGGUCUUCGCAUUGUUUUCCAUGCAAAAUGUUGUCAUGCGGCACAUUUAAUGUUUUAUUAUUAAAAAAAGAAAUAAAAACCUCAAAGAGCA